GACAUAGUGGGGGCCUUGUUGGGUGGAUGUUUUAAGGGGUAAAUGGGUUUGUUUUGGCUUCUUGUUUUCGACCAACUUAAGGGUUAUGAAGGGGGUUUUGUUGGGUGUGUUUUAACAUGGUCUUGAGGGGUGAAUGAGGUAGGGUUUUGGGGAAGAUGGGUUCGGCCAAGAUGAAAAGGAGAAGGGGGAGAAUGGUUAAGGUUUGGUGUUGUUUCUGGAUUGUAGGGAUUGAGGAGGAUCAUGGGUUUAAGGGCCUUCAAAAUGGAUCAUAUAGCUUAAACAUAGGUCCUCGGCUUCCCCCGGGAGUUAAAGCGUACUUGGUACGUCAGUGGACCAGGAUCAUAUCUGCAAGAGUUGAUUUGCAGGAUUUUGUUUUUGCAAAGGAGGUACGCUUAGGAACUUACAGUGUACGAUCUUACUCACUUCCUCCUGCAGCUAUUGUUGCAACCAAAGCAAUGAGAACAGACCCUAGGGCGGAACCACGAUAUGCAGAGCGAGUACCUUAUGUUGUAGUACAUGGUGAACCUGGUGCUCGGCUUGCUGAUCUUGUGGUGGACCCUCUGGACCUCUUAACCAUUGAUUCACCUCACAGAAUAAAUGACACAUACUACAUCCAGAAACAAAUUAUCCCAGCUUUGCAGCGAGUCUUUGGGCUUGUUGGAGCCGACUUGAACCAAUGGUUUCAAGGAAUGCCUCGACCAGAACGAGGAUAUAUCGGAAAACGUGGUGUUUUUGCUCCAAAUGCUCAACGAAAAAGGAUCGACUAUUAUUACCUUUCGAAACAUUGUAUCCUGUGUGGUGAUUUGGCACAGGGGUUGGCUUUUCUCUGCCAUAAUUGUUCUAUGAAUGAAUCUAGUAUUGCUGUAGCUUUGACGGGAAGGACCUCUAAACUGGAAAUGGACAUGCAUCGCCUUGUUGCUAUAUGCCGGCAUUGUGGAGGUGGAGAUUGGGUUCUUGAAAGUGGAGUGAAAUGCACAUCUCUGGCUUGUUCCAUUUUCUAUGAGAGGAUGAAGAGUAUGAAAGAGCUCCACUCGCUUUCUGCAGCGGCUUCAGAAGCAGGUUUCUAUCCCAGUUGCACAGUUGAAUGGUUCUGACUUAUAAGAUAUACUAGUUCAUACAUAUACAUAUACCAUAAUACAAAUGUUUAUAGGUUAGGUUUGAUUUUCAUUCUGAUUAAUCUUCAUGUACAGUUCUCACAGCUGUAAAUAACAAUUAGUCUUGCAGUUAUUUGUAGUUUCCCUACACAAUUAACCAUCAAUGAAUCGAGCUAACAUGA